AGAGCCUCAGUGCUCUCUCGGUCGGCGCACACGCACCACGCUUCUCCGCCGAACAAACCCGAUCCGAGUGACGAAGUGACACGAACGAAACAAUAAUAUCUUUAAUUAAUUAAUAAUACUAACGCUUGUAACCUAUGUGCUUACUAACGCUGUGAAACGAAACGAACUGUGAAUUGAAUUUAAAUGUUAACGGGCGAGCAAGGGAUCAAGGAUGUCUGAAGGAGACGUGACUUUGAUCCGCGACGAAGACGUUCUGCGCCGUAUGUGGCAGCAGACGGAAGACUUCUCCCGCAAGAAAGAGAUCCGCGCCCACAUGUACAAACUUCGGGAGGAGCGCCUGCGCGACCUGUACUCGUCCGAGCCUGCGCAGGCCAAAGGUUGUGAGUUCUCGUCGACGCAGGGACACGUCCAGUCCUUCGCGGACCAGACCUUCCAGUCCAUGAAGAGCAAGGAGGUCCGCGACGCUGGCUCCCCGCCCAAGGAGUUCACGUACCGCGGCCAAGAUUUGAAAGAACUCUCCAAUGCCGGGUGGAACGUGGAAUCCGAAAAUAAAACGACAGAUGAUGGACACACCCAUGUAAAGUCUGUCAAUGCUAAUAUUGAAGGGCGUUACGACGUGGAAGGUGGAAGGGGACAGUUCGCAGCCUUCGAUCAACAUAGGCAAGCCGUCACCGAGUAUCAAGACGAAAACAGCAGUCUAAAGAGAAACGAGUGUGCUUCCAACACCGCUGCUCGCGAACAAGUCGUCCGACAAACUGAUGACGGCACACAGAUCUCAUCUACCACCACCUCCUCAUCUUCCUCGUCCAAGUUCCAGCAAGUGUCGUCCACGAAAAACGAAACAGUGCCAUAUUUAACUAAUGAUGACUAUGACCGACAAGAAUCGACGUAUGAUACUAACACUAACCAAGAGUCUAGGAAACGACAGGUCAACCAGACUGAAGAAUUUGAACGCAAUUUGAGAAGGAGUGACGUCGAGACCGGAGAGUUGGUCUCAAGAAAAAUUGAUUAUCCUGAUGAAAAUACGAAGGUUGUAGUAGAAACCAGAUGUUUGCCAGAUGGUACUCGUGUGACCAGCACUAGAAAAGAGUUCCGAGGAACACCUGUAGUGCAGAAAUACUCGGAGCAGCACUCUCAUCAGAGCCGAAAUGAAACUAAAUCAUCUUAUACUUCAACUCACAAAAGUUCAGACAUUCGAGAAUCAUCAUCAAAAAUUAUACAUGACAGUGACGAGAACCGUAACACUAAUAUUGUAGAUACACAAAAAAAAGUUGAUAACUUGGACUUUAAAAGAAAGCAGACAGAAUAUAUUGUGACUGAAGAUAGCCAUAAAGAUCAAUAUGAAUACUCAUCUCAAAAACGUAAUGACCAGCUGUAUAAACACCAGGAAAGAGAAAUUUAUCAACCUGAAGGGGCUACUACGAUCACUAAUAAUGACAGAAAUGAAAAUCGUAAGACUGAGCAUGUAACGGAUAACACUGAAAUAAAUUAUCAAAAAACCGUUGAGAAAACUGUUGAUCAAAAUGUAGAGAGAAAUAUUUCAAACGACCAAUAUCAGACAACUUAUCAGAGUGAUUUUACUCAAAAGAACAAGAUUAGUAACGAUUGGAGUCCUACGCACCAAGCUUGGGCUAGUACUCUCCGUGCUGAUACUCCUUCUACAACACGACCAUCAACAAGAGCUUCAUCUCCUGGUAUGAGAACAGACCGGUCAAGCACAGCAUCACUGAGAAGUAGUGUAAGUCCUGACAAAACUUUCAGGAAACCUUUUAGUUGCGGUGCCAGUCCGAGUAAGGUAGACAGAUGUUCACCAACACGUAGUGCAUAUUCUAGUACUUACUCAACUCAUUCAGUUACCAAUGAUAAAACAAACAGACACAAUAGUCCAGAGGGACGACCGCCAUCAUCUGGGCGCUCACCAACAAGGCAAAGUCCUGAAAAGAAACCCUUUGAUUCAUCUCGUCAAAGACCAAGUGUAAGUCCUGAAAAGCGUCCUUACGAUUCUCCACGAUACAGUGCUAGUCCCGAGAGAAAGGUGCCACAUUACCAGAGUCCAACUGAAAAUGUAUUGCAGCAACAAAGAGACGUGGUUUCUACUCGAUUUAGCACAAGCCCUGAAAGAAAACCUUUUCAUAAAGACAGUCCCAUUACAACCCAUGCUAAAGCAACAUCACCCAAUCUUCCAACAGAUCAAACAUCUUAUUCAACGCGACGUAGUCAAACGCCUGAGAGGAAAUACCCUUCUGAAGACAGUAUUGCUAAAAGAUCUAGCCCCGAAAAAACACCAUGCAAGCCCGAUAUUUUCCGCGAAACUUCACCGAAGAGGCUAACUGAGCAUAAAGAACCUUCUAGAACAUCGAGUCGUAGUCCUGAAAAAUCAGUCACUCACAAUUCUAAAUCUAGUCAAGGUCGGGAAAAAAGUGAACCUAAAAUUGUGAAAGAUAACAGUAGCCCUGUAAAAAUACCUGCAUAUAUGAAGCCAAUCGAUGCCAGAAAACAAAGCCCAGCAAAAUCGCCUAGUCCAGUUCGUAAAAUCAAUAAAACAACGAAAGUGACAGAAGAUCAUUAUAAAUUUAUUGAUGAAGAAACUAAGAUGUAUACUAGGAAAGAUGAUGAAACGACCACUACUACGAAAAAACACAAAGCGUCUAAUGUUGAUGAUCAGCCUACGGGACAUGACAACCGUGACUCUCCUGAUCACUGUCGAUCCAAUUCUCCAUAUUCUACAUCAGCCACUCGUUCUACUUUGAGAAAAGGCUCUCGAUCUCCAUCACCCCCUAAGGGGCCUGUAACAUUCUACCAAGAUAACAUGGACACGAAAACUACUUCUAAUAUUCAUACUGAUAAUUUUAAAGAUAACAAUGAUAUUACAAAAUACAGUAUUGUAAAAGAGUCUCCAGUUAAAGAACCAUCACCAACUAAAUAUGGUACAUAUGAUAAGAAACAGCGAUACUCAGAGGAAAUUGACGAACAUACAACAAUAACAGAUGACGUCCGGUACGACUCAUCAAUACGAGAAAAAUCUGACUUUUCAAGGAAAUCCCCUAAUCGUUCUUCAUCUACAAUGAAAACGUCUCCACGGGACAGUUUAUCGCCGAAUAAAUCUGUCAACAACAAAAAAUUCAAACAAACAAUUGACUUUAUAUCUACUGAGAGAACUACAGAGGAAAUACAUAAAUCAAAUAGAGAUAGACCACGACAACUUGUCACUCCAUCUACAAGUCCAACCAGAAAACCUAAAACACCUAAAACAGUUGAAACAGCUCCAUCCACUGGGCAAAGUUCUCCUACCACUUCUGUAAGCGAAUUUGUAUAUUAUAGCUCUCCAAAAAUUGAAACUUCUGAAAUGGUUACUGACCUCGAUGAUCAAGAAUACCUGAAUGAAGUCGAUAUGAGUAAUGAAAUUACAACUAUCUACAAAAGACCAGAAAAUCUUGAUAUAAAACGAUCUCCGUCUCCAUCUAAAAUACCUUGCCGAUCUUCCCCACAAGAAAAAUCACCUGUAAGCAGUAUUCCCAGGAAGAGCUCAUUAAAAAAGCCUUCGCAAAAUAUCAAGCAAAUUUCUCCCAUUGAGAAACCACCUUCCAGCUUUCAAAUAUCUCCAACAGUCGAAAUACAAGAUUUUCCUGAACACAAAGUUGUAAAAAAGGAUUAUCCCGAAAAAUCUGAUACACCUACCAAGAUAAAACCACCCUUAGAAAGACGUGAGACUUACGAUGAACGAUGUCGUAAGAUAUUAGGUAUGGUAAAUGAUGAUACCAUCACAUCAAAAUCAGUUAAAACUGAGGCAAUAACAAAAGAGAAGGAGUCAAUUCCAAGUUCACCAAGCAUAUCUCCUUGCUACAGUCCUAAAGAAGGAAUGCUAGAUAGUCAAACAAGAAAGAGCAAAUUCAAUAAUACAACAGAAAAUGAAAGUGACAGCAAAUAUACAACACAGUCUUUGAUUAGUGAAAUAGAAUUUCGUGUAAAUAAUGACCACACUGAUGUAAUUAAAAAUAAUAAGACUACUUCUAGAGAGCAGUCACCUACAAAACUUGAAGAUAUUACAAAUUUCGCAAACGUUACUCACAACGAAUCAACUUCUUUUUACGAUGUUGACGAUAUAUCUAAAAAAGUUACACACAAAUCGUCGAAUAAAAUAAGUAAAGAUGUAGAGACUAAGUCACCAAUUCGUUUGAGUCCUGAAAAGAGAGUAAGUCAAAGCCCUGACAGAAAACCUAAUCUAAAACCCUCCCGCACCCCAUCCCCAACUAAAAUAACUACUACGGUGACUGAAAUUACUUCUGAUUUCCUAAUGUCUGAAAGGGAAAAAGAAAUUCUAGACAAAGUACAAAAAUCACUUAGAAAGUUGUCUCCUGAGCGUGGUGAAAAAUCUCCUAGUCGUGAAAGAAGCCCAUCUAAAACUACCACUAGCUUGCAACACCUUGACAUCACCGCUGCAAGUGACGAAGUUCGUGAGACAUCUUUAUUAAACGAAAGUGAUGAAUUAGCUGAACAUAAAACCAAGAUAAUUGAAAAAUCUGGUCUUUCUAAUAUCAAUCACAAAUCAUCUAGCAAACCAUCAUCACGAAAUGUUUCACCAGUCAAAAAAUCUCCAACAACACCUAAAACUGAACAAGCACAAAUAUCACCUACAAAGCCUAGGAGUACAUCACCCAAAAAACUUGCAAGUGCUGACAGACCUCUGUCACCACAAACGCAGAAAGUAAGUGGUAUUAAACCCAGAGAACCUGUUACAUCUAAUUUAACACGUAAACCAACAUCUUCAGCUAUAUCCACCACGAAAGUAGACAAAACAAUUACAACUACAGAUACUAAGAAAAUUUUGAAACAAAAUAGUUCGACCAGAAUCAAUACCAGUAAAAUUACACCUAAUAAAUUAACAACAAAAUUCUCAGAACCAGAAAUGAAACGUACAUCCACUUCUAAAGGUGAAGUUCACGUAACACGUUCUCCUAGUGAUAAUUCCAUAAAACCGAAAAAUACUUCACCUCAAAGAAUGCGCUCAAAACCCGAAAUACAAGUCAAUGAUAUUUCGACAUCUAAGAAACAUGUUACCACAACUACUACCAAUAAAUAUCAGAAAACAAUAUCAAAGCAAUCACAAUCUCGACUUCCUAACAAACCCAAAUCAGCAACCGCUCUGAAUUCGUCUACGGAUGAAAAUGAUAUAAUAAUCGAUGUGCAACAGGCUAAAUCAUCAAGAGAGAAUUCACCAGACCGUAUAUGUCCUACACCAGUUGGUUUCAUGGAAGAUGUUGGAACACCACGAUUCCCCGAUGAAGUGAGUGAACCUGAUGACGAAUUUUAUAAACGAACUCAUCAUACUAUUCAGGAAGCGGAAUCUAUAGUAGAUGAUAUUGUUGAAAUAUGUGAAGAUGAUGAACUUUUUGUCAAACAAACUAACAUUAAUCGUGUAACUGGGUCUGAUGAGUGUCUGCUUAAUGUAAAUGAUAAAGUUUCUAAAUUUACUAAUAAAGUUGAUUCAGUUAAAAAGCCGAAAUCAAGUACAACACAAUUCAAAGAUACUGAAAAAAGAGCUCACUCUGAUUUUGUUACUGAAAAUAUGAAAUCGGAUGAAUGUCUACUAUCAGUUUCUGAAAAAGUUAAUAAAUUCGCUAAGGGUCCAAGGGAUACAGAAGAUAGUAAAAGUCCUUCGCGAAGGAUUGUAGACGAGUAUGAUACAGAAACAGUUUACCAAGAUGACUAUACUAAAUUGAGUGUCAAUGACAAAGCACAUUUAUUCGUGGAAACUGCAGAGAAUGCUAAGACUACAAAAGUAAAAUCAACCCAAAAAGUAGAACGUCCGGACUUAAGUAAUGUUGACGAAUCACUCAAGAGUGACGACUGUCUUCUCAGUGUUUCUGAUAAAGUUAAUAAAUUUGUAAAAACAGCUGAGCAAUUUUUGGUUGAAACAAUAAGUGAUGAGGAAAAAGAACGAAAAAUAAGAGAACAGCACGACAAAAUUAUGAAAAAGAUUGUAGAUAUUGAUGAUGAUACACCAGAGCCCGAAAAAGUUACAUCACAAAAAACUGAAAUUGAUAGUGGCAUAAAGAAGAGAAAGUCUUUAGACCACCAUGACGAAAGUUUAAAAUCACUUACAAAAGAGACUGUUUCAUCUCACGCAAAAUUGAAAGAAACGGGUAGUCCUAACAUAAAACAGACAGAGAGAACACCUACUGUGAAAAUAACUACACUCCGUAGUAGUGAAGCAGUUAAAAAAGCGAAGGCUUUGUUUGAAAAUAUAGCCUCCACAACUCGAAAUGCUAAAGACAUUACAACAAACAAAACAACCAAACUUACUGACAUUGGAGUUAUGAAAAAAUCUCCAAAAACUGACUCUACAAUAGUACUUCCCCCAUCAUCUGAGGACGCUUCUCCUAAUGUUACUGACAGUGAGGUUGAUGGAGUCCCGUAUAGAUCCCAUCUCAUAAAUCGACCUUCUAGUAGUACAUCUACUCGUCUUCAACCCAGCAAAAAUGAAGAAAGACCAAGAACUCCCAAUCGAUUGACUCCUCAACCAACGGGAACCUCGAGGACAGUAUCUCCUUUGCGUCAUGUGGAGUCAGUUACUACAACUAAAACUGUAUUAUCGCGAUAUCCAUCGGGUCAAAGCGGCGAAGUGCCAAAACCAACUAAGGAUAUAAAUGAAAAAGCGGAGAAGCCACAAGACAAAAUACCUAGCUAUCAGCGUCCUACAAAAACUAGUCAAAGUAAAGAAGAAACAAGGGUUGUGGAAGAAACAGAAGUUAGUAGCCGUCGAGGAAGUGGAAAAUUUGGAGUUGAGCUUCGUCGCACUAGUGUGGAGAGAUCUACAGUGAGCAGUGAGCGCCGUCGCAGCGUCGAACAUCCUUGCAUUGAAGACAUCUUCGAUCUCGACCUCCUGGAACAAAUGUUGGAAAAGGUCGUGGGAUACGAGCAGCGACGACGCAUAAGAUCGCAGAUACGAGUCGCUAAAAAGAAGUGUGAAGAACAGUCGGAAACUACCACACAGACUAGAUCAACUAAACAGACUACAGUUACCAUUACUAAAAAUAUAUCUACUGAGAGACUGUCCCAGAACCGAUCUCCUGAACGGAAACAGAAAUCGACGCCACAGAGAACACUGUCACCGUUAAGUCACGUUAAAACUACUCCACAAAAAAAUGGCGAUGAUAUUGACCGACCUAGAGAUUCUAUAAUAAAACCGAUGACUAAUGGCCAUUCCAAAGAAACAGUGAUAAAAAUAACAGAUAAACAUCACAGACGGUUAAGUCCUGAAAAACUUGCGCCAAAAAUGACGACAAGAACAAAGAGCCCCUUGCGUCAACUGAGUCCAGAAAAGAAAACAAGACCUCUGUCUCCCAGUAAGAUAGCCAGCCCUAAACCGAAACAAAACAAAUUUAAUGAAUACGCGUCGGCUUAUAUGAAGAAAGUUGGAUUGAAUGAGAAUGAUAAAAUAAAAUUCGCGGAAACUAAAACCAAAAAAUCAUCUGAUAUAGGAGAACAGAAAACUGUGAAAGGAGUCGAGGAACGAAAAGUAUUGCAGACGAAAUCCACCUCUUCAAUGAAACAUAACAUGACGGAGAGGACAUCAUCCAAGGAUAUUAUAGUCACAAAUGGAAAAAGGUCACCAUCGCCGGCCAAAAAGCGCAGUCCUGAACGCCAGCACGAAGUUCACGUUGACACACGUCCGCGAUCUCCGAGCCCAAUUUUGAAGCGGCAAAAAUCUGAAACGGCUAAUAAAGAAACUAUAAUAAAAUCUGUAUACGAUAUUGAGAAGAAGAUCCAGUCAAAACCCGCGCAAGAAGAGAAGCCGUCGUGGGUAACUAAUAGAAAUUUGAAAAAGAUAACGUCAGAGACUCGAACGUUUAGUAGUAAGAAAAUCGAAGCUGACAAGCCGAAGUACAGGGCUCCUAGUCCUUCCAAAGUAAUUUCCAAGCCUAUAGACGUCAUCACAUCGAGCUAUGGCCCGGGGCCGUUGGAUGCUGAUGGCCGUCCGUUGUUUGGCAUCAAGGCGCUGAGAAAUGGCGCCACUAACUACCAAGUGAAAGGCACGGUGGUUCGGCAAGAGUUCCACUCGCGUAACGGCGGCGAGCCCGAGGGCAGCGUGUCGGUGACCGCGUACUCCAGCGCCCCGGAGGAGCUGGAGCGCCUGCUGGCCGCGCAGGGGGAGCGCCCCUCCAGGCUGCACGGCCUGGCCGCUAUCACCACCACCAAGAAGUUCGGUGGAGAUACUGGAACCAGUUACAAAGAGGCGCAUACAAAAGAGGAGCGGGCAGCCUUGGAGCAGUUUACGCACCACGACCGCCGCGUCGCCAGCAGUCGAGUGGAGAUCCCAGACCAGGCUUCACAACAGGAUAGGCUAGCCGACCGACGGGGACUGGUGGAGAAGGAAGAUAGAAUAGAGAGGAGGCAGAUGGACAACGAGAGAGCGGAGAGGAGAGGCGUGCGGGAGGAGAGAAGGGAGGAUCGGAAGACGGUCAGGCAGAGCUCCGUGAAGUCUCUCACAGAGAAAUACAUUAAGAGUGCUAGCGAGACCAGCAAGACGGAGCGCAGCGCGUACCCCAAGGCUGGCCUGAUCCUGCGCACCGCCACUAUGAAGGACAGCGUCUCCAGCGACUCCUCAGCACACGCUGGUCUAGCCCGAACCGACAGCGAGCACAGCCUCGCGUCAGUGGAAGACGUCAUCACGGACAGUAACCGGACGUCCGUUACGACGACUGACAGAGACGGCAGGACAAUCACCACCACCACGGACAGAGAUGGCCGGACGGUGACCACGACGAGGAGUAUCAAGGAAGAGCGGUCGUUCUUGGACAGCAGCACGAAGGUGUCGGGGGUUCAGGAUAUCUUAACCAGGAUGAAGAACGCUGAUAUUGUGAUCCAAGAGGGGGACACGACUGAAGACACGGAGGCGCGAGCACUACUGAACAAGUUCCUGGGAGCCACGGUGCUGAUGGCGGGAAUGCAGAGCUACGUCAACGACCAGCCUUCGGGAAAGCUCGUCAUCAAACAACAGGAGACAGUCCGCAGUGGUGGGCGAGUGACCAGCGACCGCCGCGCAGAGGUCGACAUCGACCAGUGCUGGGACGAAAGGGUCCUCAGGAAGCUUUUGGACGAGUGCAGCGACUACGAGCAACGUCGUCGCCUGCGUGCGCGCAUCAGAACCCUCAUGGCAGAACAAGAAGCAUGUGCGAGUGCAGUAACGGAGGCGUUGGCUGCGGCCGGCGAGACGACGGAGGGAGACAAUGCAGAUGCCCGCGGUGAGUCCCUCCUCCUCCCGCUGCUGCAGGGCUUACUGGGCAGCGGCGGUGAGCGCCUGCUGGCCGGGCUCGGCGCCGCCGGCGCUGACGUCGUCGCCGACGUCCGCAGGUCCCUGGCUCGUCUACGAGCGGCCCUCGCGCCACCCGCAGACCAUCCACAAGCACGAGCAUUACUCACCCUGGCUGACCGGUUAGAAGACGCUUUAGACGCCGCUGAUAGACUAGACGGAUGCAGACGCAAACCUAGGAGACGUAGCCGCGCCAAUCGACACACUGUCGGCGUCACACACGAAGAACUCGCUGAGGCUCGACGCCUUGUAGACAGAGACCAUUUAGCCCUUAAUAAUACCGCUCCAGAACCACAAACUCCUUCUUCAGGACCGGCUUCAACUAUCUCAGGCGCAAAUAGCAUUGAAGAGCCAUCCACUCCAGAAAGAAAGCCGAGCAUUGAUGAAAAUGUCAGCUAUCAUGAUGCAGUUGCCUCCAGACAGAAACAAGCUCCGCUAGCCCAUUCUGCUAGUUUUGCAGCUGCGCCUAUUAUAAAUCGCGACCACCAAGUAAUAGAGAGAAGAGUACACAUGCCAAAAAAACCUGAUUUCUUCAGACAUUCUAUGGGGGAUGGACUUCAACAACAAUUGCGUGAUGAAAAACAUCCGCAUGAAAACCACCAACUGCGUCAAGAACGUCGUCCAUCAAAGAGCGGCAUUGCGGCUAUCGCAAAUAAAUUCGAUGCUCAAGCUAAAGAAGCUGCUCCAAGUUUUCCAGUUAGGCGUGCACCCAUCUCCAGGUCUCCACCACCAACAAAAACUCCCAUAGCUCUUAAGCAAAUAUUUCACGAGGAAACGAAACAUACUCCAAACAACCGUAACAUGUAUAAACCCCUUCCUCCUACAUAUAAUUUCGCAGCACCUCCAGUCGAAGAGGUGUCUAAACCUUUAAGCCGUUUCAAUAAUAAUAAUAAUAAUAAACGACUGCGCAUGAAACGGGCUAAUACUAUAGACAUCGGCCGUCCCUACGCCGGAUAUAAAAUAGAUAGUGAUACCGAUGACGAAGGCGGACGUCGUGGUCCGCUGGUACCCGAAUUCCACCCACAGACCGAUAAUGACAAAAAGUUUGUUGCGUUUAUGCGUAAAAAUCAAGACAAUGAUCAAAUCACUGUGAACGGUCAGACUAAUUGGAGUAAUCGCUUCGGUAACAUAAAGAACGCUUUCGAGAGUCGCGAGCGAGAUGAUCAUAGUAGGUCUUCAAGUGCUUCUUCAGCAAAACAUUUUUGGCGUACAGCCGAAGAAACACCUCGCUCUAAUUACGUUCCGCGACCGCGCAAGUUUCAAAAUGACGUCAAUAACUCUGAAAUCAUCAAGCCCCCGUGGGCACAAGAGCGACGCGAAACGUUGCGUGUCAAUAUACCCCCACCACAACUGCCGCCAACUCAAGCGGCACCUCUAAUGCCUCCUACACCUCCUACACCUCGAACACAAAUUAAUCACCCGCCCAUACCGCAAUCUCCAACUAAACCCUUGGCUGCCAAACAAUUUGUCGCGAAACCAAUACCAGUAAAUCAGUUCUCCCACGCUCCGAUGUCAGCAUUCAAACCACCGACAAAAAUCGUGUCCCCUGUAAACGCCCCGUCCCAUGUUUGGAGUCCACCAUCGUUAAAUAACACAUUGUCGCCGACGGCCGAUGCUCCGCCAUCAUAUCCAAUCGCGCCAAAACCUAUUAUCACCAGUCCUCCAGUCCCUAGCGUUCCAUGGGUGACGACAGAGUAUGAUAAACCUCGUAGAGUAGUGGGAACUGCAGCAAAAUUUGACACACCGAAAUAUGAUGCUCCACUGCCUUCUAAUCCCCCGCCGUAUCGAGAGCGGACGUUUGCCACGCAUCCACCCACGCCGCCGACUCACGCGCCCUCACAAAAUUUCCCAGACAGACAAUUACAGAACUUCCCUGUUAAAUCUAUACCCAGUCAAAAUAACCUAGCCGCUCCGGAACUGGUGAAAAAAAUUGAUGUCACUAAACCACCGGCGCCUGCCGCGCAAUAUGCACCCAAAGUAGAUGCUCAAAAAUUACAAAUAGAAUUCUAUGAGAAACAAAUUCGCGAUCGACAUCGUCACGAGCAAUUGACAAACGGGCACCACGAGACAAGUGAGUGUAAACCUCCCCCUCCACCAUCCUACACCGUGACCGAUUAUACUCCUUCCAACAUGGUAUCAACGUUCAUGCCACUGCAGCAGACACCCGACAUAGAGAAGGCGCGAGCUCAUAAAAUUGAUUAUCUACCAGAUGUAGUUAUGAAUGAAAACGAUCGUCAAGAAUAUCAGCGUUCUCCGACCCGACCUCAAGGCAGCCCGUACUCGCCACGGUCAAAGGCUCCCGCGCAAGCGUAUCAGAACGGAGACACGAGUUACACGAACGGGACGGACGAGGGCCCUCCUACCGAGCACGGUAGCGUGGUGACGCGUGUGAUGCGCGGUCCGGUGCGCGGCGCCGCCACCAUCACGGCCGGUGUGCGCACGCGCCAUGAUGAAGAGCGUCGCGGCGGUGCCGCCGAUAGCUUGCGAGGUGCGCUCGACAAGCUGUCCUUUCCCAAGCGCGACGUGCUCGCCAAGAAGAAUGCCCCCCGAAGCCAGGUACGGGCCCCUGUACAGAACGGCCCCUCCCCUCAGCCCGCGCACGCCCCGCCGCCCCGCCUGCUCCCCGACAGCGUGCCGCCCUCCCCCGGCGGCCGCAGCCCCGCUCUCGCCGCGUCCCGCGAGUCUGUGCUGUCCAGUGAGUCGGCCGCGAGCGCCGGCUCCAGCCCGCUGAGCCGCUCAGGCUCGUGGCAUCAGCUUGCUGAUCGUUCACCGCAACCGCAACCUACCUCCCCGAGGCGUGUCAUGAACCGUACGAAAUCUAUGCAUCUUCUCGCCGUACCUAAAAUGUAUGAGGGAGGCAUCAGUCGCGACGAGCUUACAGACAAGAAGAAGACCGUGGAGGCAUACUUCUCGGGGCAGACGAGCAGCAAGUCGCACGCAGCGGCGGUGCGCGCGCGCUCGAGCCGCUCGCAGCAGCAGAGCUAUUCCCUGGGCCGCAGCCGCACGAUGCCGACGGUGUCGGAACUGCAGUUUCUGGACGAGAGCAACGCGGACGACGCUUUCGAGGACCUGGUGUCGGCGCUCGCGUAAACAUUCCACUAGUUAGGAGCGGAGACGAGCGAGACGCGCAGGAAGAAGAAGUAACCACAGUGACAUCGAGCGUGAGGAGGAACUCAUCCGAGAAAACGGUUAGCAGUACCACCACUACUAAAACUUCAAAAGGUACA